UGAGGGUUACAGCCAUUGAUGAAAUAGAUUUUGGACUCAAUUCUCAAGUGGAAUAUUCAGCUGAAAACCUUGGUGGAAAGUUUCAUAUCAAUAAAGAAUCUGGCUGGAUUAGUGUUGCAGCCUCUUUAAUGAUGGACUUGAAUAAAAACUUUGUGAUUAAAGUUACAGCUAAAGACAAAGGCAGUCCUCCACUUUCCUCUAUGGCAACAGUUAACAUUACUGUGACGGAAGAAAAUUACCAUACACCAGAAUUCUCACAAAGCCAUAUAAGCAUUACUGUCUUGGAAAGUUUUACAGUGGGAGCAAUUAUCAGGACGGUUUCAGCAAGGGACAGGGAUACAUCUAUGAAUGGAGUGAUCACAUAUAACAUAACAGCAGGAAAUGAAUCUGGUCUCUUUGCUAUAAACACGUCCACAGGUGCAUUAUCUUUGUCCAGAAACCUGGACUAUGAAGUGUGCCAAAAACAUGACUUAACCAUAAGUGCUGUUGAUGGAGGAUGGGUUGCUAAAACAGGUUACUGUGUUGUAACAGUGCAUGUUAAAGAUGUGAAUGACAAUCCUCCUGUAUUUCAAGCAGAUGAAUACUUGCCCAGUGUCACGGAAAAUGCACCUAGUGGAACUACGGUUAUGCGCUUGAAUGCAACUGAUGCAGACUCUGCCCCUAAUGCAGUAAUAGCGUAUUCUAUUCAGUCAUCAGACAGUGACCUUUUUGUAAUUGAUCCAAAUACUGGUGUGAUCACCACGCAAGGAUUUCUUGAUUAUGAAACAAAGCAAAGUUACCACCUGACCAUUAAAGCUUUCAACGUUCCUGAUGAGGAGCGCUGCAGUUUUGUGACUGUGACUGUCCAACUAGAAGGCGCAAAUGAAUAUGUACCUCGAUUUGUUUCAAAACUGUAUUAUUUUGAGGUUUCUGAAGCUGCCCCUCAAGGCAUUGUAGUCGGAGAAGUGUUUGCUAGUGACCGUGAUUUAGGCAUUGAUGGGGAAGUUCAUUACUUAAUCUUUGGCAGUAGCAGGAAAAAAGGUUUCCGGAUAGAAAAGAAGACAGGGAAGUUGUAUGUAUCUGGUCUUCUAGACAGAGAGAAAGAGGAAAGAAUAUCAUUAAAAGUCCUGGCUAAAAAUAUAGGCAGCAUUCGUGGAGCUGAUAUUGAUGAAGUCAAUGUAAAUAUCACUGUGCUUGAUGCUAAUGACCCCCCUGUCUUUAGUUUGAAAUUAUAUAAUGUACAAAUUAGCGAAGGUGUACCUCCAGGAACCCAUGUUACAUUUGUAAGUGCCUAUGACUCUGAUUCAGUUCCUAGCUGGAGCAGAUUUUCCUACUUUAUUGGCACUGGGAAUGAAAAGGGUGCCUUUUCAAUCAACCCCCAAACUGGCCAGGUUACAGUUACUACUGAACUAGAUCGAGAAAGCACACCUAUAUAUAAUCUUACAGUGCUAGCCAUUGAUUCAGGAACACCCUCUGCAACAGGAAGUGCAACUUUAUUAGUGUCUUUGGAAGACAUUAAUGACAAUGGACCAACUUUAAUCAACACUCAAGGAGAAGUCAAAGAAAACCAUAGAUCUGGAACUCAUGUUAUGACACUGCAGUCCACAGACCUGGACCUUCCUCCAAAUCAAGGUCCAUUUAAUUAUUAUCUCCUGAGUACUGGUCCAGCAACUAGUUAUUUCAGUCUUAGCCCUGGUGGAGUCCUAACUACAACCAGAGAAAUUGACAGGGAACAAAUUAAUGAGUUUUUCCUAUCUGUUGUGACAAGAGAUUCUGGUUUUCCACAAAUGUCUUCCACAGGUACUGUGCACGUUAAAGUAAUUGACCAGAAUGAUAACCCAUCUGAAUCAAGGACUGUUGAGAUAUUUGUUCAUUAUUAUGGAAACCUCUUUCCUGGUGGUAGUUUAGGUAGUGUCAAGCCUCAAGAUCCUGAUGUUCUGGAUAGUUUCCAGUGUACACUAACAUCCGGCAUUACAAGUCUCUUUAAUAUCCCAGCAGACAGUUGUGACCUUCACUCACAAUCAAGAUCUACUGAUGGAACAUUUGACCUUUUAGUUCACAGCAGUGAUGGCCUACACAAUGCAGUCACAAAUAAUGUCCGAAUUUUCUUUACAGGAUUUAGUAAUGCCACAAUUGACAACAGUAUCCUGCUGCGCAUAAAUAUACCAACUGUUAAAGACUUUUUAACUAAUAAUUAUCUGCACUUCUUGCGCAUAGCUAGCUCUCAACUUACUGGGCUUGGAACCGCAGUACAAGUCUAUGGAGUAUUUGAAAAGAAUAACAAAACGUAUGUCAUGACAGCUGUGAAAAGAAGUAAUAAUCAUUAUGUUAACCCAAGUGGAGUAGGUACUUUUUUUUGAAAGCAUAAAGGAAGUGUUAUUCCGACAAAGUGGAGUAUGGAUUGAAUCAGUAGAUCAUGAUUCAUGUGCACAUAAUCCUUGUCUAAAUGGAGGGAGCUGCAUGAGAAGACUUGCCGUGGGUUCAAAAAUACCAGUCCUGGAAAGUAUUCCUGUAAUUUUAGUAGCAAAUGAGCCUUUACAAACCUUUGUAUGCAAAUGCAUGCCGGGGUAUGAGGGGAACUUAUGUGAAACUGACAUUGAUGAGUGUUUGCCUCUCCCAUGUCAUAAUGGUGGGACUUGCCACAACCUAGUGGGUGGAUUUACCUGCAGAUGUCCAGAUGGCUUUGCUGGAAUAGCUUGCGAGAGAGAUAUCAAUGAGUGCCUUUCUAGUCCAUGCAAAAAUGGUGGCAUUUGCCAGAACUUUCCAGGAGGCUUUAACUGCGUCUGCAAAGCAGGUUCUACAGGUAAACUAUGUGAAUCUGCUAUUAAUUAUUGUGAAUGCAACCCUUGUUUUAAUGGGGGAUCUUGCCAAAGUGGAAUAGAUGGAUAUUACUGUCAUUGUCCUUUUGGUGUCUUUGGAAAACACUGUGAAUUAAAUAGUUAUGGAUUUGAGGAGCUUUCCUACAUGGAGUUUCCCAGUCUGGACCCCAACAAUAAUUACAUUUAUAUGAAGUUUUCUACCAUUAAACCAAAUGCAUUAUUGCUGUACAGUUAUGAUAACCAGACUGGUGAUACAGCUGAAUUCCUUGCUUUGGAGAUUGUAGAAGAGAGGAUGAGGUUUUCCUACAACUUGGGCAGUGGAACAUACAAGCUAACCACAAUGAAGAAAGUUUCAGAUGGGCACUUCCAUACGGUGAUUGCACGCAGAGCUGGAAUGGCGGCGUCACUGACAGUUGACACUUGCUCUGAGGACCAGGAACCAGGGUUUUGUACCGUCAGUACCACGGCUGUUUCCAGCGACUGGACUUUGGAUGUUCAGCCAAACAGAAUAACAGUGGGAGGUAUCAGAUCCCUGGAACCAAUACUACAAAGGAAAGGACAAGUACAAAGCCAUGACUUUGUAGGUUGUAUAAUGGAAUUUGCAGUGAAUGGGCGGCCUCUAGAACCCAGCCAAGCUUUGUCAGCACAAGCAAUUCUAGAUCGGUGUCCAAGAUUAGAAGGAGCCUGUACUACAAGCUCUUGCCAAAAUGGAGGAACCUGUGUCGAUAAUUGGUUCUGGCAGCAGUGUAACUGUAAAGAUGGCUUUACUGGAAAGUACUGUGAAAAGUAUAUAACUGCAGACACUGCCUUAUCUCUUGAAGGCAGGGGUUACCUUGAAUAUGCCAUCAGCCAGAACAAGAAGCGUGAAUAUCUUUUACAGCAUCGUAGUAUGGACGCAGAGUCAACAUACGCCAAUCACUUAGAGAUAAAAUUCCGGACAAGAAGUGAAAAUAGCCUAUUACUCCAAAUUCACGAAAUCAGCAAUUACACAGCUGUAAAGGUCAAAAAUGGAAAACUCCAUUACACAUCUGAUGCUGGUAUUGCAGGAAAAGUAGAGCGAAAUAUUCCAGAAAUGUAUGUGGCUGAUGGUCGCUGGCAUACCCUUCUUAUGGAAAAAAAUGGAUCUACUACUAGUUUGUCAUUAGACCAAGCACACAGCCGAGAUAUUCAUCAUAUAACUCAAGAUUUUGGCGGUCUUAAUGUUCUUACAGUUCAGAUUGGAGGAGUAUCUCAAAGCACCCAGAACGGUUUUGAUGGCUGCAUUGCCUAUGUGAAGUAUAACUAUGAAAAUCUACCAUUCAGUGGUAAACAUGACAUGGUUCGCAUAUCUAAAUCGGAGUCAUAUGCUAAACUAGGAUGCAGAGGUCCUAACAUAUGUGCCAGUAACCCAUGCUGGGGGGACUUAAUGUGCAUUAAUCAGUGGCAUGCAUACACCUGUGUACCACCUGGAGACUGUUACUCAAGCCCUUGCCAAAAUGGAGGAAGCUGUGAACCUCAUACCCAAUCAGGCUUUACUUGCAUUUGUCCUGAAACACAUACAGGAAAACUUUGUGAAACAGUUGUAGCUUGUCUUGGUGUCAUUUGCCCUCAGGGUAAUGUAUGCAAAAGUGGAUUACAUGGGGGACACGUCUGUACUCUUAUCGCACAACCUGAACAUCUGUCUUUACCGCUUUGGGCAGUUCCAGCAAUUGUUGGAAGCUGUGCUACAAUUCUUGCUCUGUUGGUCCUUAGUUUGAUUCUGUGUAAUCAGUGUAGAGCAAGGAAAAACAAAGUGCCAAAAGAAGAGAAGAAACCAAAAGAAAAGAAGAAAAAGGGAAGUGAAAAUGUUGCAUUUGAUGAUCCUGACAAUAUUCCACCGUAUGGUGAUGACAUGACUAUUAGAAAGCAACCUGAAGGAAACCCUAAGCCAGAUAUCAUUGAAAGAGAAAAUCCAUACCUAAUAUAUGAUGAGACAGACAUACCACACAGCACAGAAAUAAUACCUAGUGCUCCCUUGGCCAUGCCCGAAACAGAGAUUGAGCACUAUGACAUUGACAAUGCCAGCAGUAUUGCUCCUUCUGAUGCAGACAUCAUUCAGCACUAUAAGCAGUUUCGAAGCCACACUCCUAAAUUCUCAAUUCAAAGGCAUAGUCCUCUUGGUUUUGCCAGACAAUCUCCACUGCCUUUGGGAGCAAGCAGUUUAACCUAUCAACCAUCGUAUAGCCAGGGCCUUAGGACAGCAACACUUGGCCAUUCAGGCUGUCCACCACCUAACCCCUUAUCUCGUCAUAGUCCUGCACCAUUUUCAAAAUCCUCAACAUUUUACAGAAGUAGCCCUGCACGGGAACUCCAUCUUUCAUCUUUGGAAAUGCAUAAUGAUGUAUGCCAGCCUGGUAUCUUUAAUUAUGCAACCCGUCUUGGUAGAAGAAGUAAAAGUCCUCAGACCAUGGCUGGACAUAACUCCAGACCAGGAAGUCGCCUUAAACAACCUAUAGGGCAAAUUCCUAUGGAGAGUGGACCACCUGUUGGCCUUUCGAUAGAGGAAGUGGAGAGACUUAACACUCCCAGACCAAGAAACCCAAGCAUCUGUAGUGCAGAUCAUGGGAGAUCUUCAUCAGAAGAGGACUGCCAGAGGCCCCUUUCAAGAGUAAGGAAUCCAGCAGAUGGAAUUCCAGCUCCAGAAUCAUCAUCUGAUAGUGAUUCACAUGAGUCUUUUACAUGCUCGGAAAUGGAAUAUGACAGAGACAAACCUAUGGUGUAUACAUCAAGAAUGCCAAAACUGACUCAAGUCAAUGAGUCAGAUGCAGAUGAUGAAGACAAUUAUGGUGCUAGAUUAAAGCCGCGGAGAUAUCCGGGCCGCAGAGCUGAAGGUGGGCCUUCUGGUGCCCAGUCACCAACAGCCACUUUACUGGCAGACAGUACAUUGCCCAUGAAGCUAAGCCAGCAAGCUGGUAAUUUCAACUGGGACAAUCUCUUGAACUGGGGUCCUGGUUUUGGACAUUAUGUAGAUGUUUUUAGAGAUCUGGCAUCACUUCCAGAGAAAGCAUCAGCAAUUGCGAAUGAGGAGUCAAGAGCAAACACAUCUAAGACAGCUUCCAAAGAUGGAGAAACAGAACAAUAUGUGUAG